UGACAUCAAGGAAACGUUACCAACUAGUAGUCAUUACGAAAGCUAAAGUGUCGCCUGUGCCACUCGACAACUUGAAUAUUCUGGUGUUCAUUUUUUUUUUUGGACUUUGUUUUUUUUUUUUUGGAGAGGGGUGACAGAUUGACGUGUUCGGUUUUUAUGCCGACACCCUUUUUUUUUUUCAGCAAAGCGGGCGGAAUACGACAGCGGAAGAACUUAGUCACAGUGCGGGUAGUUAGCUAUAACAGUUAGCUUUGACUGUGUUAGCUCGGCUGUCAUGUCGACACUUCCUCGGGAUUCUCACUACCUAAGUGCGGCUAUUUAGGCGGACUGCCGGCCACAAGUACUUCGGACUCUUUUUUUCUACUGGAACAACUGUCCAUUGAUCUGGGUUGCAGCUCCCUGGCGUGCACACUUAAUAAACACGCAAGAUGAGAGGUCUUACGUCUUAACUAUUACUCUCUGCGAUAUGGUAGGUGGAGCUGGAGCCGAGCUUGACGUUUAAAUUCCCCCUUUUUCACCAAAAACAAAGACAUCUACCAAGGUUGCUGCAAUAUGCUGACAGAUAACAGGAAGCGCCUUAGAAGCAGUGACAAUGAAGAGACUCAACAGCUGAGCCCUCAGGCCAAGAGGUCAGGAGGUGGCCCCUGCCUGCUUGUGUCAGAUUUGGACUCAGAGUCUUCGAGCAGCGACAGCAGCAAUGGGACCUGCAGCACAGAGAGAGCACCGGUGGCCACCAGCAGGCCGUGCAUACACAGCCAGAGCAACCGCAUCCACCAGUACUCCCCCAGCACGAAGCCCAAGGACUCUGCCGUCUCCGCGGAGCACGGUUUCCAUGGCGACGGCAGCACUUUCUCCUACGACUCCAUCAACAGAGUCCUGAGGGAGGCGCACUUCAGCAGUCUACAGACCAGAGGCCGCCCAGGCUCGACAUGACCCCCUUUCCUGGGUCCCUCACCGAGUCGGCCACUCCAUGAGCGCCACCCUUGGGUUCAAAUGAACGGGGAGGUUUACAGAAUACUGGCUGUAAAGCGCAUUCCCACUAUGCCAUAUAUACCAUUUGUGAAGACCAUAAGCACAUUUGCCUUUACAUGGCCCAGCCACUGUGGUUUACUGUGCAGUAUUGAUAUGUAUGUGUGUGUGUGCACGCACCCUGUGCACUUUAAGAAGAGGUAUCAUUCUCUUAACAUGCGUGCAUUGAUGUGUGGACAUGUUCAUUGGUGCUAAUCACAAGAGAAGUAUGAUCCAAAGUGCUUGCAAAGUAAAUAAAGCAUAGCACUUUAAUCAAAAA